CCCAACCCAAGUGGCAGUUCACCAGUAUCUUUCAUGGAUCAAUGGUGGGCCCUCUAGCUUCUCUCUCUAUAUGUCUCCAGCGACUAUAUAUAUAUAGGUUGGUGGUGGCGUAAACCUGGAUAAGUUUGUUUUGAAGGGUUAUUCUACAUUAUAAGCAUCGGGAUAUAAUAGCAUUAAGAUUGUCAAGUAUUUUAUUUUUCCGCUGGUGAUUGGUGGUGCUUAACGAUGGGAAGACAGCCGUGCUGUGAUAAACUAGGGGUGAAGAAAGGGCCGUGGACGGCGGAGGAAGAUAAUAAACUCAUCAACUUUAUACUAACCAGCGGCCAAUGUUGUUGGCGUGCUGUCCCUAAGCUCGCAGGCCUCCGCCGGUGUGGGAAGAGCUGUCGUCUCCGGUGGACCAACUACCUUCGUCCUGACUUGAAGCGUGGCCUACUCACUGAGUCUGAAGAACAACUGGUUAUUGAUCUCCAUGCUCGUCUCGGAAAUCGGUGGUCUAAAAUCGCAGCAAGAUUACCAGGACGAACAGAUAACGAGAUUAAGAAUCACUGGAACACUCAUAUCAAGAAAAAACUCAUAAAAAGAGGAAUUGAUCCUGUCACUCAUGAACCACUUGAAAAAGAAUCUCCCGACACAAAGACCUCAUCUUGUCCAGGAGAACACUCCUCAGAAUCUGAAAAUAACAGCCUUUCACCACUGCUCGAAAGCAUCAAUGCUACAGGAAACUCGGAGGAGAACUCAAGCUCCUCACCACCUGAAAAUUGUUCAACUUUGAGUGAUGAACCACAUAAGUUGUUUGAUAGCCUUUGUGAAGAUGAAAAGUUGUUAAGCUACCUUCUAGGUGAUGAUGAGCCUCCACUAGUUGAUACAACGACUUGGGAGUUACCAAACACUGCACAAAACUUCAAUAACUUUAGUUCGUGGGAUGAUUGUGCGACGUGGCUAUUUGAUUGUCAAGAUUUUGGAGUUCAUGAUUUUGAGCUGGACUGCUUCAAUGAAGUUGAGAUGAACAUCUUAGACAGACUCGAGACAGGAAAGAAACAACAAAAAUGAAGUUAUUUAGUUCAAAGGAAUAAGAUUGUGAUGUUCUUGGCCCGAUUUUUUACCAUGGUGGAAUGAGACGAUUCAUCUACGAGUCUGAAAGAGAAACAAGUAUUAAUUAAUGUAUAUUAGUAAUAUUACACAUGUUGGGAAUUAGUGGAUUUUAUGUUUUUAGUGUUACUAAGCACCAUGUAUAUGAUGGUAGAAGAAAACUCAAGCCUUAAAAGAGAUUUCUCCCCAUCAAUUAGGUAACGUUAUCAAACAACAAAAGGUGUAGCUACUUAGAAAAUAUGGUUAAAGUAGGAACAAAUGUCAAAUUCCAGAACAUAGAAAGGUCUUUGUGAAUAUGG